UAUCUCUUUUCAAAAUUCCCGCGCGUCGAAUUUGUUUCAUUGAAAGUUCUUCUUCGGCGCUGAAGUCGUCCACUGUUACGUAAAGUUUAAUGUCGGCGAUCGUCAAGGCGUCAUCCAUCAGAUAAUCAUCGUUAUAAAGAGUAAUAGAGGAUUUCAAUCGGGAUAUCUUGGAACGUUUAAGAUGGUUACGAUCAUAUUAAUUUUCAUAUUGCUAAUGAUCCUUUAUUACAUGAUUCGCAAGAGAUAUCGUUUACCACCUGGCCCUUGGUGCUUACCAAUUGUUGGUUAUUUGCCAUGGAUCGAUCCAGAAGCACCGCAUGAGACAUUUACCGAAUUGAUAUACAAAUAUGGUCCGAUCUGUGGAUUGAAAUUGGGUUCUGUAUACACUGUACUUUUGUCGGAUCCUCGUCUGAUACGACAAGUACUUGCCAAGGAUGCAUUCUGUGGACGGGCACCCCUUUACUUGACGCACGGCAUAAUGAGUGGUCAUGGUCUAAUCUGCGCCGAGGGAGAGCUCUGGAAGGAUCAAAGAAGAUUCGUCGCCGAAUGCUUGAAAAAUCUCGGCAUGAUAAAAUACGGACAGAAAAGGGACAAGAUGGAAAGAAGAAUCCUCGUAGUUGUGGAAGAAUGCAUUUCGAAAUUGGAGGAACGAUCUACGUCGUACGGUUUCGAUCCGAACGAGACUUUGCAACAUUGUGUAGGAAAUCUGAUGAACGAUCUCGUCUUGGGUAAAACAUACCAAGAGGAUGAUUUCAUUUGGGCAUGGCUUCGUACUUUACAAGAGGAAGGUGUUAAACGCAUUGGCGUUGCCGGACCUUUAAAUUUUUUACCAUUUCUCAGAUUUAUACCACGGUACGGUAAAAUGAUGUAUAGUUUGAUAGAUGGCAAGAAAAAAACUCAUGAAAUAUAUAGGAGUAUCGUUGAAGAACAUCGAAUUAGUCCCGUAAAAACGGAAAGCAUUUUGGCAGCGUUCGAAGAUCAAAUGGCGAGUAGAAAAGAUUCAGACGAUUUUGGAUACUUUAACGAGGAUCAAUUCUAUCAUUUGCUCGCUGACGUUUUUGGUGCAGGAUUGGACACGACCGUGUCUACUCUCCGUUGGUUCUUUCUAUUCAUUGCGGUUUAUCCGGAGGAACAGGAAAAGAUCUAUCAAGAGAUGCAACAGAUGUUAGAAAAUAAAGAACCCACUUUGGACGAUAGAAUUGUUUUGACGCGUCUCGAGGCAACCAUAGCGGAAGUACAAAGGUUAAGAAGCGUUGUUCCAGUUGGUAUGCCUCACGGAACAAUCGAGGAUGCGAAAAUAGGCGACUAUGAUAUACCGAAAGGUACGAUGGUUAUACCGGUGCAAUGGUCCGUUCAUACUAAUGAGACUUAUUGGGACAACGCAUUCGAUUUUAAACCGGACAGAUUCAUUGACGAUGAUGGUAGAUUCUUUAAGCCGGAAGGGUUUUUGCCUUUCCAAUCUGGAAAACGUAUGUGCGUCGGUGACAAAUUGGCCAGGAUGAUCAUGUUUCUAUUCUGUUCGAGAAUAAUCCACAAAUUUGACGUAUCUGUCCCUCCUAACGUUUCCAUUAAUCUUAAAGGAGAUACCGGUAUCACAUUGGUUCCUAAACCCCAUAGAUUGGUUUUUACGCCUCGUAAAACAUGAUCCGUAUUUUCAUUUUCUCUUUUUCAUCCUUCCUUUUUUUCUCUUUUUUUAUAUUUCAUGAUUUUUAUAAAAUAUUAAUUUUUAUUAUUAUUUCAUUUAUU